AUGACAGAGCAGCAGACAGAGACCAUUGCUCGUGGUGAGCCACGAUCAAGUCCAUUGGACUUGUCACCAUCAAAUCAUGCAUAUGAGCCUAGCAGAGGAUUGUCGCACGAUUUACCUGUGAGGCCGCAGACAGUUUCCUGGGAUGGAGGUCCUACAAAGAUUGUCCCUUCUUUAGCUGCACCUAGUUUGUCUCCGUCGCAUGUUCAACCAAAUGGAAGUGAUGGCUACGGCUCGUACCCAACACAUAACCAGCCUUUACUCCCAGUCACCGACCCAGCCCACUUGUCAACUGGAACGAUAUCAGAACUCAACCGCAGCCCACUCAUCUUUGGUGAUAUAGAUUCUGGGACUGCCUUCCUUGAUAUGUUGUUGGGUCUCCCAGGUGGCCAAGCGACAGGGACACCAAGAGCCAACACUGAAGAAUUAGCUAUACGUUGGGCUGAGAACGCAACUUCGGAUCGAUUACCCAUUAAUCCCCCAGUUGAAACCCGACCAAGGAGUUAUCCUGCUCAUGUCCGUCAGAAUGUGAAAAAGGUUCAAAGUUUCUGGUCGACCCCGCAACGUCUUCCUGCCGAGACGCAGAUCUGGUACGACAUUAUAUCGGGGUCAUCGGACAAUAUCUUCUCAAGGCAUGACUAUGGAGCAUUCACAGAAUCUUCACGAGAGACCCAGCACGCUGGGAAUGCCGAGAUCUGCUCAAACUAUGAAAUUAGGUCACAACUUCAAAGUUUGAAACGAAGUCUGCUCAAGAGGCAAUGCCACUGUUCUAGCAGUGAUGGCCAAAUUACUGACACAUGUGAUGAACAUUACUUUUGUGAAAACUUUAAUGGCAUGUUUGAACAAGGCCUUUAUCUUUAUCUAGAUAAAUAUCAACCUACCUAUCCCAUAUUGCAUGUACCUACGUUCAACCCGCAGACUGUCCACACCCUUCUGCUGUUUACUAUGUGCAUUAUUGGCUUGUCGUUUGUUAAGACAGAGGAGGCAGUGCGGUUUAUUUAUCACAUAUACCCGUGCUUCCAACCCAUCGGCGAUGCUAAGUCACCUUACACUAGCACAUCACAUGUUAUUUCUGCUCGUCGUGACUGA